AUGCCGCACGCGCACGAGUUCUGGAUCAUCUACCACCAGGCGUCCCGCGCCGCGAAGCCCGCUACGGCUCAGCUUAUUGAGCUGGAGCAUGCGACGGGACGGUUGCACGACCUUGAGGACGUGCUUGACCAUGUCUUCGCGCAGGGCUUCCUUGAGGCUCGUUUCCGCACCAUGACUUGGUGGGAGACGCUUGACGGGACGAAGGUCCCGGCCAGCCGCGAGGUCCACGAUAUUGUGGCGUCCGGCGCGGGCCACUGCCCCGAGCACGCUCUCAAGCUCGUCAUUGCCGACGUGCCGACCACCCUCUGGGUCCGCUACACCACCGGGUGA